AUGUCUCUAGAUCAGGGGUCACCAACCGGUCGAUCUUCAAGGCAUUCCUAGUCGAUCACCAAACAUUUCUGUAGAAAAGCCAACGAUAAAGGCUGUGAUAAAGGCUGUGAUAAAGGCUGUGAUAACGGCUGUGAUAACGGCUGUGAUAACGGCUGUGAUAAAGGCUGUGAUAAAGGCUGUGAUAAAGACUGUGAUAAAGGCUGUGAUAAAGGCUGUGAUAAAGGCUGUGAUAAAGGCUGUGAUAAACGUUGUGAUAACGGCUGUGAUAAAGACUGUGAUAAAGACUGUUAUAAAGGCUGUGAUAACGGCUGUGAUAAAGGCUGUGAUAAAGACUGUGAUAAAGACUGUGAUAAAGGCUGUGAUAAACGUUGUGAUAAUGGCUGUGAUAAAGACUGUGAUAAAGACUGUUAUAAAGACUGUGAUAACGGCUGUGAUAAAGGCUGUGAUAAAGGCUGUGAUAAAGACUGUGAUAAAGGCUGUGAUAAAGGCUGUGAUAAAGACUGUGAUAACGGCUGUGAUAAAGUCUGUGAUAAAGGCUGUGAUAAAGGCUGUGAUAAAGACUGUGAUAAAGGCUGUGAUAACGGCUAUGAUAAAGGCUGUGAUAAAGGCUGUGAUAAAGACUGUGAUAAAGGCUGUGAUAAAGGCUGUGAUAAAGGCUGUGAUAAAGGCUGUGAUAAAGACUGUGAUAAAGACUGUGAUAAACACUUGCGCUCCUUUUUAUUCAUGUUGCCCUGUUGGUGGUAGGUGCAUUUGAUUCAGAAGCCCUGUUGAUGGUAGGUGCACUUGAUUCAGAAGCCCUGUUGGUGGUAGGUGCAUUUGAUUCAGAAGCCCUGUUGGUGGUAGGUGCAUUUGAUUCAGAAGCCCUGUUGGUGGUAGGUGCAUUUGAUUCAGAAGCCCUGUUGGUGGUAGGUGCAUUUGAUUCAGAAGCCCUGUUGAUGGUAGGUGCACUUGAUUCAGAAGCCCUGUUGGUGGUAGGUGCAUUUGAUUCAGAAGCCCUGUUUGUGGUAGGUGCACUUGAUUCAGAAGCCCUGUUGGUGGUAGGUGCAUUUGAUUCAGAAGCCCUGUUGGUGGUAGGUGCAUUUGAUUCAGAAGCCCUGUUGGUGGUAGGUGCACUUGAUUCAGAAGCCCUGUUGGUGGUAGGUGCAUUUGAUUCAGAAGCCCUGUUGGUGGUAGGUGCAUUUGAUUCAGAAGCCCUGUUGGUGGUAGGUGCACUUGAUUCAGAAGCCCUGUUGGUGGUAGGUGCAUUUGAUUCAGAAGCCCUGUUUGUGGUAGUUGCACUUGAUUCAGAAGCCUUCCACAAGAAGCUUAUUGGGCUCCCGAGUGGCGCAGCGGUCUAAGGCACUGCAUCUCAGUGCUUGAGGCGUCACUACAGACCCCCUGGUUCGAUUCCAGGCUGUAUCACAACCGGCCGUGAUUGGGAGUCCCAUAGGGUGGCGCACGAUUGGCCCAGCGUCGUCCGGGUUUGGCCGGGGUAGGCCGUCAUUGUAAAUAAGAAUUUGUUCUUAUCUGGCUUGCCUAGUUAAAUAAAGGUUUAAAAAAAACAAUAAAAAAACAGCAUGAUCAUUACACAGGUGCAUCUUGUGCUGGGGACAAUAAAAGGCCACUCUAAAAUGUUCUGUUUUGUCACACAAGACAAUGCCACAGAUGUCUCAAGUUUAGAAGGAGUGUGCAAUUCUCAUGCUGACUGCAGGAAUGUCCACCAGAGCUGUUGCCAGAGAAUUGAAUGUUAAUUUCUCUACCAUAAGCCACCUCCAACGUUGUUUUAGAGAAUUUGGCAGUACGUCCAACCGGCCUCUCAACUGCAGACCACGUGUAACCACACCAGCCCAGGACCUCCACAUUCGGCUUCUUCACCUGCGAGAUUAUAUGAGACCAGCCACCCGGACAGCUGAUGAAACUGUAGGUUUGCAGAACCAAAGAAUUUCUGCACAAACUGUCAGAAACCGUCUCGGGGAAGUUCAUCUGCCUGCUCGUCCUCACCAGGGUCUUGACCUGACUGCAGUUCGGCGUCGUAACUGACUUCAGUGAGCAAAUGCUCACCUUCGAUGGCCACUGGCACGCUGGAGAAGUGUGCUCUUCACUGAUUAAUCCCGGUUUCAACUGUACCGGACAGAGGGCAGACAUUGUGUAUGGCGUUGUGUGGGCAAGCUGUUUGAGGAUGUCAACGUUGUGAACAGGGUGCCCGAUGGUGGAGGUGGGGUUAUGGUAUGGGCAGGCAUAAGCUACGGACAACGAACACAAUUGCAUUUUAUCCAUGGCAAUUUGAAUGCACAGAGAUACCGUGACGAGAUCCUGAGGCCCAUUGUCAUGCCAUUCAUCUGCCGCCAUCACCUCAUGUUUCAGCAUGAUAAUGCACGGCCCCAUGUCGCAAGGAUCUGUACACAAUUCCUGGAAGCUGAAAAUGUCCCAGUUCUUCCAUGCUCUGGAUCGACGUGUACAACAGCGUGUUCCAGUUCCCGCCAAUAUCCAGCAACUUUGCACAGCCAUUGAAGAGGAGUGGGACAACAUUCCACAGGGCACAAUCAAAAGCCUGAUGAACUCUAUGCAAAGGAGUUGUAUUCGGCUGCAUGAGGCAAAUGGUGGUUUUGUGAUCCAUGCCCCUACUUUUUUGUGACCAACAGAUGCAUAUCUGUAUUCGCAGUCACGUGAAUCCAUAGAUUAGUGCCUAAUUAAUGUAUUUCAAUUGACUGAUUUCCUUAUAUGAAGUGUAACUCAGUCAAAUCUUUGACAUUGUUGCAUGUUGCGUUUAUAUUUUUGUUCAAGUAUAAUAUGGUCUGAGAAGAACAAUAUUGUCAGAACAGGCAUAUAGCCAAUACGCUGUCAUAAUGUAUUAGGCCUACUGCACAAACCUCAUUCCUACACAGCUGUUUUUAUUAGGUUAAUGUUACAUUUCUUAAGUCAUGUUUAAAAAAUAAUCUGAGUGGUAGAUCUCGGCUUGCUUUUUGACCGUGAAAGUGAUCUUGACUCAGUAUGAAAAAUGUAUGCACUAACUGUAAGUCGCUCUGGAUAAGAGUGUCUGCUAAAUGACUAAAAUGUAAAACGUAAAAGGUUGGUGACCACUGCUCUAGGACAUACCAAGGUUUUCCUUCAAAGCAGUGAUUUAACUUUUAAAAAAACCUUGAGUGUUAAUUAACAUCAAAAACCCUGUCCCAAUGUCCCGUAUGAAACUACAAAAACAGACACGGCUUCCAGGAGACUUCUGAGUUUUUUUAAUUACCUUCCAUUUAUUUAUUUUUUUACCCCCCUUUUCUCCCCAAUUUCUUCAUAUCCAAUUACGAUCUCGUCUCAUCGAUGCAACUCCCCAACAGGCUCAGGAGAGGCGAAAGUCGAGUCAUGCAUCCUCCGAAACAUGACCCGCCAAACUGCGCCACCCUAUGGGACUCCUGGUCACGGCCGGUUGUGACACAGCCUGGGAUCGAACCUGGGUCUGUAGUGACACCUCAAGCACUGCAAUGGAUUGCCUUAGACAGCUGCGCAGCUCGGGAGGCCCAAAUGACCUUACUUUUAACUUUCCCAUAUCGGAAAACACUCUGUAAAAGGCAGUCAGUCCGUCAGACAGGUUUAGACCCACUGGGCAAAACUGGUUGAAUCAAUGUUGUUUCCACGUCAUUUCAACCCAAAAAAUCUAUAUGAUGACGUUGAAUCAACGGGAAAAACAAAUUGGCUAAAAAGCCAUCAACGUAAGGGCAUUUCAUUUUUUUCUCACCCAACUUUUAAAUCCAAUUACAUGCUGAAAUAUUUUGUUGAUUUCACGUUGAAUUCACGUCAGUUGACAACUCAACCAAAUUUAAACCAAAGCUAGAAGUUGAACUGACUUCUGUGCCCAGUGGGGAGCACAUUGGGCAUUAUAAUGUAAAAUAUGAAUACAAAUAACUCCACCUGCCCCGAGCUGUAAAGUUUGGUGGAGGAGGAAUAAUGGUCUGGUGCUGUUUUAUAUGGUUCGGGCUAGGCCCCUUAGUUCCAGUGAAGUGAAAUCUUAAUGCUACAGCAUACAAUGAUAUUCUAGACAAUUCUUUGAGGCAACAGUUUGGGGAAGGCCCUUUCCUAUUUCAGCAUGACAAUGCCCGCAUGCACAAAGCGAGGUCCACACAGAAAUGGUUUGUCGAGAUCGGUGUGGAAGAACUUGACUGGCCUGCACAGAGCCCUGAGCUCAACCCCAUCAAACACCUUUGGGAUGAAUUAGAACGCCGACUGUGAGCCAAGCGUAAUUGGCCAACAUCAGUGCCUGACCUCACUAAUGCUCUUGUGGCUGAAUGGGAGCAAGUUCCCCCAGCAAUGUUCCAACAUCUAGUGGAAAGCCUUCCCAGAAGAGUGGAGGCUGUUAUAGCAGCAAAGGAGGGACCAACUCCAUAUUAAUGCCCAUGAUUUUGGAAUUAGAUGUUUGACGAGCAGGUGUCCACAUACUUUUGGUCAUGUAGUUGUUACUGAAGAUCUGAACGGUUAGCAAAUUGUUGAGGCUGACCUAACACUUCUCCGUUCUGUCCAGGUAUGAGACGGGACACCAACCCAAAGCUGACUUCCUCUCUGUCCUAACCACUAACCCUAACCCCUAGUUCUUUCCCUAACUUUCCUAUAACUAUCAUUCUGUUCUGUUCCAGGUGUGAGAUCAGAGACACUCACCUGGUUGAAGAGAGCAUCCUGGAGACCCUGAACACCAAUAACCACCCCUCUAGUCCUAUGACUAGUCCUCUAACAGAUCCGACAGGAUGCUAUAGGACAGAUCCUAACUGUCCUUCUGCUUCCAUCUUCCCAGGUAUGAGAUCAGAGACACUCACCUGGUUGAGGAAAGCGUUCUGGAGACCCUGAAGAUCAAAGCUGACUUCCUCAACUUCAAGCCCCGCCCCUUUAACAUGCGAGAGUUCUACGACCGGACGGGCCAUGACAUCAAGGACAUGCUGCUGUCGUGCUACUACUGCGGGGUGGAGUGCAGCGCCGAGGACUUCACUGUGGUAAGUCACCAUGUAGCAUCUGGUUGAAACUCUGUGAUGCUAAGCUAUCUGCCCUCUGCUGGCUAUGUGAACACAGCUCAUCUCUGUUGUACUGUAGCAUAGAGCGCAGGACUGA